AUGGUGUUCUUGAUUGUGGAUUUUAGCGAAGUAAGCCGGGGUGGCGUGAAAGCGCGGGUCCAGGUUACACCGAACAGCCUGCUGUCGGAAGUUCUGCGACAAGCCUGGGAACAGGUGCAGACAAGGUGCGGGAGCGCUGUUGGCGACGCUGCCGAGCCUCGGCUCGCAUCUUUACCGGCAAACUGGGGACUUCGGCAUGGGAAACGCUGGCUAGACUUGUCGCUACCUUUUCGGCUGUCGGGUUUAUCGGCUCAGGCCCGGAUAGUUGUUGACGAGCGCAGUGUCAGUGAAACGGCGAAGACGAGCGUUACUGGAAAACCUGGACAGACAGCAGACCUCGCUCAGGGCGUCACACCUGCGCAUUCGCUGACUGUGGCUGUGCAGUACGAGAGCGACCCCCCAGAGCGCUACAUCGCACCUGCAGUAUUGGAGGAUACGCUCUGGAGCGUGCUCGAGCGGGCGAAUCCGGAGCGUCUGUGGUGGUGCCGCCCCUACUUGCUAGUCGCACGGUACCUGGAGACUGCGCACUAUGGAGUCAGCCAUUUUCGAAGCCUCCGCUUACGAGAUCUGGGCCUAAGUCCGGGCACGCGUCUCCUGAUUCGAAUACAGUGCCUCACCACGGAUGACGACUCCGGUGGCUGGGAGGAGGUGGAAGCGUCGGCAGGGGCGGCUCGAUCGCCGGUCGCUUCCAACAGGCACGAUCACGCGGAUGCAACAGGCGGUUCUGAUAUCGCAUCUGUGGACAAGGUGAGCAGCGGUCAGGCGGCGACGCGAGAAUCACAGGCAACUGCCGAUUUGCAUCUGCAGCAUGUCGAGCAGCAAAGUACGCACCUGGUUUUGGGAAAUCCAGGAGCGAAGUCCGCUUUCGUGGAUGCCCCAGCACGCGUGCUCGACACUGUCUCCCGAACGAUCGAGGAGCCAGCAGCAUCAUCUCCGCAAGGAGAGCGCGUGCCGGUUACUGGCUCCAGUGAUCCCUCGACUGCCAAUGGUGAUCGGCAAAGAGACACGCGAGCCGACGCGAGCACGAACCCACGGACACCGUCGCCUUCAAGUCGAGGCGCGAGGCCGUCCACUUACGCUCUUGUCGAGAUGCACGAAGUGGACACCUCUGUCCCGAAAGUCGAUGGAGUCGUAGCUGAGCCAGCGGAUGCACGAAACUCGGCCUCGUCGGUGAACACGGAAUCAGGUACAACCCAGAUACCUAUACAGGGAGCGGAGUCAACCUCGGAGCUGCUGAUUCCAGGUCGCACUGCAUCUGACGCCCCUGUUUUAGAGACGAACGGAAAUGCAGGAGCACCUGCAGGUCAGGUGCCUGAGCGGUAUGUCCGUUUCUACCUGCCGACGACGAUCCGCUUUGAUGCGCAGCUCCUCGACCUACCCGAUACUUUUUACGAUCUAACACCGGGGGAACUGCGACGGAUCCUUCAUGCACAGCAGCGACAACAGGAAGAAGCAACCGUUCUCCGAACCCGCAGGCAUACAACUGCUUCACGAGCAGGCGCAACGCAGCCGGAGCAGUGUGUGGUACGUGUCCGGCUUCCCGAUCAGACGGUCAUUGAGGGUCGUUUCUGGUGCAACGAAAGCCUAGACGACCUGUACGCUUUCGUGCGGCGCUUUGUAACGAGCACGAACGGGGCCUUGGACGCAUUCAAGCUCUAUCAAACGCCACCGAAACGGGUGCUGCAUGCCGGGCCAACAACGCUGCACCAAGUGCAACUCUGCCCAGCUUCUGUGCUAGUCCUGGUUCCGUCAACAUCGAAUACGUAUGUUACUCUGGGCUUGCGCCCAGAAUUUCGUUCUCGCUUGGAGAAGUCCCCGCUGGAGGCUGCAUUUGCGAAGGAGGUUGCACAGGCAGAGGCGCUGCGUCGCGAGUAUGCUGGUGUCAUUUCGUCACCACAUACCACGCCACCGGAGGCUGCCGCGGCGACCGCAGACGGCACGGCAGCCAACGCCGGCAAGCAGAUUCGUUCGGAAGAUGCAGGUACCGGAGAUCGCGAGCCGGAUGCUUUCUCGAAGGCGGAUAGAGCUCGCAACGACGCUGAGCAGCAGUUGAAGCAGCGGUUGCCCAAGUGGUGGCGGCGUCCUCCAGGUGGGCGUUCGUGA